AUGUCCGCCACCGUCCAGACCCGAGUCGUUGAUCUCGACCAGCUACUUCCCCGAAUCCUCAGUCAAGACCUUGAAGAAAAAGACAUAGAAAACCUCAUCCCAUGGGUGUACCGCCACUCCAAUAUAGCCGACGAAGAUGACCAGUACGACUGGCCAUCGGAGGAUUCCAAAUUCAAACUACUUUUCGAGGAGUUCUCGCAUUACCAAAAUGCUUUGGCCCCAGGAGCACUGAGCCUCGCUGGCCCUACAACAGCCAAAGUGAAGAUUGUAUUGCCCCGAAAGAACUGGAAAGUGGCGCGGCCAAGAAAAUAUCACUCACAAAGUUUUAUACUACACAUUUUAUUAUGGACGGUCCAUGCGUACCUUGAGAGAAGCAGGGAACCGAAAUUGGAGGUCUGGGUGCCCAAUUUGAUAUCGUCAUCGAAGUACGUGAUCGGCCGUCAGAAGUACGCCAGCAUGCCAUUGGCGCACGUGACGGUUGGUCCUCUUACGGAGGGACGGCCGAUAAUAUCUUGUCCUACGUGGCGCGAAGGACUACCCUGGGACCAGUUCACCGCAGAAGUCCUCAGUGUCAUGCUCGGUCAGCUAGCCAACAACAUCCGCAUCCGCGACCAGAAAUUACAGGACCAGGAAGUCUUUGUGGUUGGUUUCUACGGCCCUCAUAUCUACAUCGCCCGUGGAUACUUCCCUGUUGAGACGAUCAAAAGAGUACACGCAAAGGGAUGUUCGGAUGAUGAACACCUCGAAUUGAAGUUUACGCGAGGAUAUGAUCCCUGCCGGAAGUACGACUGGAUGGAGGCUAUGCGGGCGCUCUCAAGGCUGUUUCGGUACCUAAGGAGUGGGAGUGCUAAGGUUGGCGCUAUACAGAAGAUUUUGUCUGAAUCUGUUGCCACGGUGGAGGGUUCAUGA